AAUUUCUUGCACACCCAGGACCUUGGAGGGCUCAGAGAGAGCACUCCAUGCACUGAAGCAUAACACUGGUGCUCCCCUGCUGCUCUGUCAGUAUGUUGCUGUUUUCCAUGGGUUUUCUGCUAGUUAUCCUUCAGCCAUCCACGGGGCAGUUCCCCAGAGUCUGUGCAAACACGCGGAGUUUGCAGAGCAAGGAGUGCUGUCCCCCCUGGGACGGAGACGGGUCCCCUUGUGGGGAGCUUUCUAGCAGAGGGUCCUGCCAGAACAUCCUUCUCUCUCAGGCUCCGCUGGGACCACAGUUCCCUUUUUCAGGAGUGGAUGACAGAGAGGACUGGCCCUCUGUAUUUUACAACCGGACAUGUAGAUGCGAAGGCAACUUCAUGGGAUUCAACUGUGGAGAGUGCAAGUUUGGUUUCUCAGGGCUCAACUGCACUGAAAGGCAACUGAGAACAAGAAGAAACAUCUUCCAGCUCACCACCAGUGAGAAGAACAAGUUUCUUGCCUACCUUAACUUGGCAAAGAAUAUCCCUAGCCAGGACUAUGUUAUUGCUACUGGCACAUAUACUCAGAUGAACAAUGGCUCCAACCCCAUGUUCAGAGACAUCAACGUGUAUGAUCUUUUUGUGUGGAUGCAUUAUUAUGCUUCUCGAGACACACUCUUAGGUGGGUCUAAUGUGUGGCGGGACAUUGAUUUUGCCCAUGAAGCCCCUGGUUUUCUGCCUUGGCAUCGGGCUUUUCUGCUGAUGUGGGAACGUCAGAUCCAGACAAUAACAGGUGAUGAGAACUUCACCAUCCCCUACUGGGACUGGCGAGAUGAAGAGGACUGUGAGGUCUGCACUGAUGAAUACAUGGGUGGCAGACAUCCCACCAACCCUAAUUUACUCAGCCCAGCAUCAAUUUUCUCCUCAUGGCAGAAAGAAGUGGAGCUGGUGCUGUUCUCCAUUGAACUGAACAAAGGGUUAUGUGAAAAUGGUACAAGUGUUAAAGUGGAUUAG